AUGAGGGGAACGUGGAAAAAGCGGCCAUUCUUUUUAUCGGGGACCAUAGUCGGCCUCUUCUUUUUGGGCAUGUUUCUGAAGAACGGAUACCAGCCUGGUGUGGAUACCAAUAAAGAUUUGGACACACCGCGUAUGAUCAAGAGUUUUUCCAACCUGGAGGCAAGCAUCAGCAAUCUAAACGAUGCACUCAGACGUUUUGAGAAAAAGCAGGAUGUCAUGCAGCAAAAGUUGGAAGAGGACAGAGACAGACACAGAAAACCAGCAGAGGUCCAACAGCAAGCAGAGAAGCAGAAGGAAGGUGAUGCAAAUAUCCAACCCCAAAAUGAGGCAACCCGAAUGAAAAAGCCUAAGAAACUGUUCCCUAAGUCAUACUUGUUCAAGAAAUGGGGGGAAGAUCUCUCUGAGGAUGACCAGAGAGAGGCUCAGAACCUGUAUGAGAAGUAUGGGUACAAUGUUUUUCUGAGCGACCGCCUCCCUCUGGAUCGACCUCUUCCAGAUACCAGAGAUCCUCGGUGUUUGAAAAAGAGUUACCCCAAGGACCUGCCAAGUUUCAGUGUGGUGCUCAUCUACCUGGAUGAAGCCCUGUCUGUUCUCCAAAGAGCCCUGCGCAGCAUCAUCGACCGCACUCCUAAAAACCUGCUGAAGGAGAUAAUAAUGGUGGAUGACAAUAGUUCUAAUGAAAAUCUGAAGGGUGACCUUGACAUGUAUCUGAAGUUGCUUGAGCAGGAGAACCCUAAUCUCCGUAUUGUGAGAGUGAGGCACAGUGAGCAGAGAGGUCUCGCUUAUGCCAGAGUAUCCGGGUGGAGGGCUGCUACUGCUGACGUGGUGGCCAUCCUGGACGCACACAUUGAAGUCCAUGAGAUGUGGGCUGAACCUCUGCUGACACAGAUUAAAGCUGACAGAACUGUGGUGGUUUCCCCGGUGUUUGAUAAAGUCAGCUUUGAUGAUCUCAGUGUUAUUAAAUAUUAUCCCAGUGCACACGCCUUCGACUGGGCUCUGUGGUGCAUGUAUGAGAGUUUUACACCCGAGUAUUACAAACUUAAUGACAGUUCACUGCCUGGCAAAGUUCUUUUCUUUGACUUUGGGAGUCCAUCUGUCAUGGGGAUCCUGGUUGCUGAUAGAAAGUUUCUGGGGGAAAUUGGAGGCCUUGAUGAAGGAAUGAAAGUGUAUGGUGGAGAAAAUGUUGAGCUGGGAAUUCGUGUAUGGACAUGUGGAGGCAGUGUUGAAGUUGUUCCAUGUUCCAAGAUCGCCCACAUCGAGAGGGCCCACAAGCCCUACAUGCAUGAUCUGAGACCUGUCAUGAAGAGAAAUGCCCUCAGAGUUGCAGAGAUCUGGAUGGAUGAAUACAAGCACAAUGUUAACUUGGCUUGGAAUUUGCCAUUUGAGAAUCAUGGAAUUGACAUAGGCGACAUUUCAGAGAGGAAGAAACUCAGAGAAAGGCUGAACUGUAAACCUUUCAAAUGGUACCUGGAUAAUGUGUAUCCUAAGCUGGAUCCCUGGGAUGAUCUAGUCGCAUAUGGAGGAAUGAAGAACCUUGAUGCUGACAUGUGCCUAGACCAAGGUCCAGUACCAGGUCACACACCGAUUGCCUACAACUGCCACUAUUAUGUUUCUCAAUUAGCAUAUUAUCAUGGAACAGGUGAGCUCUACAUUGGCGGAAUGACGUCACAUAAGUACAGUGACAAUAAAUGUUUAGCUGACAUGGGCACACAAGAAACGGAGCCUGGCCUGUACAACUGUAAGGAGGCUAUGCAGAAAGGAAUGGGGAUAUACUGGGACUUCACUCAGGGUAAAGAACUGAAGAACAGACAGACAAAGAGAUGCCUGGAAAUUAAAAACCAGAAACUUCUAUUACAGGAAUGUACAGGUCAAAGAUGGCAAAGUCAAAACAUAGUCAAACCCUUUUAA